AUGGCGACGUCACGAGCUUUCACCAAGCUCGCGGUGCCCCAGACAGGCGCCGUGCUGCUUCAGCAGUGCGUCACUCCCAGAUUGUUCCUCCAGGCCUCGCGCAGGACGGUCGCCCCGAGGCCUCUCUUCGGCAGCGUGCAAGGACCUGUCUCGAGCCAGCUCCGCCGUAACUUUGCCAGCGAAGCUUCUGUCUCUCCGCCACCGCCGAAGAAGAGGCGGUUCCGCAAGUUGAGGUGGGCCUUCCGUCUCGGAUAUCUCUCGGUGCUCGGCGGCAUCGCCUUGGUCGGAUACAAUGUCUACAUGGACAGGCAUCCUGAGCCCCAGGUGGAGCCCGAUCCGUCCAAGAAGACGCUCGUUAUUCUAGGCACCGGCUGGGGUUCGAUCUCUCUGCUCAAGCGUCUGGAUACCGAGAACUACAAUGUGGUUGUUAUCUCACCCCGCAACUACUUCCUUUUCACCCCUCUGCUUCCCUCAUGUACGACCGGUACCGUCGAGCAUCGUUCCAUUAUGGAGCCUGUGCGCACGAUUCUGCGCCAGAAGAAGGGGCGCGUUACCUUCUACGAGGCCGAAGCUAGUUCCAUCGACCCCGAGCGCAAGGUAGUGCGCAUAUUUGACACCUCGGAGAUCAAAGGUAGCACAACUGAGACCGAGGUACCCUAUGACAUGCUUGUGAUCGGCGUUGGCGCCGAGAACGCUACUUUCGGCAUUCCUGGUGUCCGCGAGCACUCGUGCUUCCUCAAGGAGAUUGGCGACGCCCAGAAGAUUCGUAAGCGCAUCAUGGACUGCGUCGAGACAGCCAUGUUCAAGGAUCAGUCGCCCGAGGAGAUCGAUCGCCUUCUUCACAUGGUUGUGGUUGGCGGUGGUCCCACUGGUGUCGAGUUCGCUGGCGAGCUGCAGGACUUCUUCCAGGAGGACAUCAAGAAGCUGGUGCCCGAGAUUGCUGAUCGCUUCCGCGUGACGCUCAUCGAGGCUCUUCCUAACGUGCUGCCCAUGUUCUCCCGACAGCUGAUUGAGUACACGGAACGGUCUUUCAAGGAGGAGAAGAUCAAUAUCCACACCAAGACUGUCGUCAAGAAGGUGAAUGAGAAAUCCGUCGAGGCUGAGGUCACCCGCCCUGACGGCACCAAGGAAACCAUUGUCUUCCCUUACGGCCUGCUCGUCUGGGCUACCGGCAACGCCGUGCGCCCUGUCGUCAGGGACCUAAUGUCCAAGAUCCCUGCCCAGAAGAACUCUCGCCGCGGCUUGGCCGUGAACGAAUACCUCGUCGUGCAGGGUACGCGCGACAUCUGGGCCAUCGGCGACUGCGCCGUGGCCGGGUAUGCGCCGACAGCCCAGGUUGCUGCCCAGGAGGGUACCUUCCUGGCUCGCCUUUUCAAUAACAUGGCCAAGACGGAGGCACUCGAGGAGAAGAUCCGCCAUCUGAGCUCCUCGCUCAACCUGGAGCCUGGUAACUCGGCUGAGAUCUCUCAGGAGAUUGCCGAGCUAGAGCGCAAGCUGCGCCGCAUCAAGGAUGUCAAGCCUUUCCAGUACUCUCACCAAGGUAGCUUGGCCUACAUUGGCAGCGAAAAGGCCGUUGCUGAUAUCACCUGGUUCAACGGCAACGUCGCCGCUGCCGGCAGCUUGACAUUCCUCUUCUGGCGCAGUGCCUACGUUAGCAUGUGCUUCAGCAUGCGCAACAAGCUGCUCGUGAUUAACGACUGGCUCAAGUCCAAGGUGUUCGGCCGCGAUCUCUCCCGCGAGUAG